AUAUAGCUCUCUUCCCGAAUCCCGACGCGCAUUCUCACCUCCUCCUCCUCCUCUCUCUCUCCUCGCGCCGAACCCCAGGCGAAGCUCCUCGCCGGAAUCAGGUGACCAGAGGGCGAGAUGGGGCUCGCGUUCGGGAAGCUCUUCAGCCGGCUUUUCGCCAAGAAGGAGAUGCGGAUCCUCAUGGUCGGUCUCGAUGCCGCCGGAAAGACCACCAUCCUCUACAAGCUUAAGCUCGGCGAGAUCGUCACCACCAUCCCAACAAUUGGGUUCAAUGUUGAGACUGUGGAGUACAAGAACAUUAGUUUCACCGUCUGGGAUGUCGGGGGUCAGGACAAGAUCAGACCUCUCUGGAGGCAUUACUUCCAGAACACCCAGGGGCUUAUCUUUGUCGUGGACAGCAAUGACAGGGAUCGUGUUGUUGAAGCUAGGGAUGAGCUCCAUAGGAUGCUUAAUGAGGAUGAGUUGCGUGAUGCUGUGUUGCUUGUCUUUGCCAACAAACAAGAUCUUCCAAAUGCUAUGAAUGCUGCUGAGAUCACUGAUAAGCUUGGUUUACAUUCUCUACGGCAGCGACACUGGUACAUACAGAGCACUUGCGCCACAUCUGGGGAGGGUCUGUACGAGGGUCUGGACUGGCUGUCCAGCAACAUUGCCAGCAAGGCUUGAGGCUAUGAGUUAUCGAGGCUCUCCAGUCAACUUGGAGCUAUGGAUGUUAUGACCCUAGGGUUGUUGUUAUCUGCUAUUUCAGUCUCUUAGACAUUGCAUACACUAAAAUAUUUUUUGAGCUUGUUAUAACCAAGGAUUUCAAUGUUCCCUGUAGUUUCGAAUGUUUGCACAUUUUCAAUUUUUACUCCAGGCCUUUCCAGUACCAUGUCUCUGCUAUUCUUGAAGUCUGAUGAACUUGUCCCUUUUGUUUA